AUGUCAAUUUCUAAGCGGUCGCACGCGAAGAGGCGACUGGACGUUCACAUAUGCGAACUACCGAAAACGUCCGAGAGUAAUUUACCGAAAUUACCGCCGAACGCGAGAUUCUAUACGCGAUGGAGAAGGAGUUUUCAGAAACUUUUUCUCGUCUCCCUUAACCACCCAUUGACGCGUAAUUAUUUACGCAGUUACGCGGCCAUUAACUUUGAGAAGAGGAGACAUGGCCGUUCCACGUUUUGGUGGGUGAUACAUCCCUGCAGUGCAUUAAGAUAUUACUGGGACCUGCUAAUGACGUUCACGUACUUGUACGUGUUCGUUAUGAUACCUUACACGUUGGCGUUUCAACGAAUAGCCAAGAGUACUGAUAUAGAAAGUUGGAAGCCGGUAUAUCCCGCGUUCAUAAUCGGCAUCGUCGACAUCAUGCUGAAUUUCAUUACAGGAUUCAAGUCGCGAGACGGUCAUGAGAUUUUUCUCAAUCCUGUCCUGAUAGUACGACAUUAUUUGAGAGGAUACUUCGUCGUCGACUUCUUGUCCUCGGUCCCGUACUUCUGGUUCUAUUCGUAUCGCGUUCUGCCACCGGGUCCCGAUUCGAACUCGAUCUUCCUGCUCCCUGAAUUCUGCCUGACCCUUAGAAUUUUACGCACUUACACGCUGCGUCUCUACAUCAGACAAAUAAUCGUGGUAACGAGGAGUAACGAUUGUUGA